AUGCUAUUUGAUAAUAUCCAAAUAAUUAAAUCAAUAUCACGAUUCACUUCCUAUAUAUAUAGGGCUUGCGGACCGAACAACAUAUCGUGAGAACUAAGAAACACCCAAGAAAACAAACAAACUUUUUAAAAAAUGUCCGUUUCAACACAUCACCACCACGUGGUCCUCUUCCCUUUCAUGUCAAAAGGCCACAUCAUCCCUCUCCUCCAAUUCGGUCGUCUCCUCCUCCGUCACCACCGCAAAGAACCAACCAUCACCGUCACCGUUUUCACCACUCCCAAGAACCAACCUUUCAUCUCAGACUUCCUCUCGGAUACGCCGGAGAUCAAAGUCAUCUCUCUCCCUUUCCCGGAAAACAUCACCGGAAUCCCUCCCGGCGUCGAGAACACCGAAAAGCUCCCAUCCAUGUCACUUUUCGUCCCCUUCACACGCGCCACGAAGCUUCUCCAACCUUUCUUCGAAGAAACACUCAAGACUCUUCCAAAAGUUUCGUUCAUGGUCUCUGAUGGAUUCCUCUGGUGGACAUCGGAGUCUGCAGCUAAGUUCAACAUUCCAAGAUUUGUCUCCUACGGCAUGAACUCUUACUCCGCCGCUGUCUCCAUCUCUGUUUUCAAACACGAACUCUUUACCGAACCGGAAAGUAAAUCUGAUACCGAACCGGUCACUGUACCAGACUUUCCAUGGAUCAAGGUCAAGAAGUGUGAUUUCGACCAUGGCACUACCGAGCCGGAAGAAUCAGGUGCAGCCCUCGAACUAUCUAUGGACCAAAUCAAGUCGACCACCACAAGCCAUGGGUUUUUAGUCAAUAGCUUCUACGAGCUCGAGUCAGCAUUUGUUGAUUACAACAACAACUCUGGUGAUAAACCAAAGUCGUGGUGUGUUGGGCCACUGUGUUUGACAGAUCCUCCUAAACAGGGGAGUGCUAAACCGGCUUGGAUUCAUUGGUUGGAUCAGAAGCGAGAGGAAGGGCGUCCGGUUUUGUACGUGGCGUUUGGAACGCAGGCAGAGAUAUCGAACAAGCAGCUUAUGGAACUAGCUUUCGGCUUGGAAGAUUCAAAGGUACGUACGUAACGUACCACAACUAAUCCAAUGAAAUGGUUACAAAGUUUGAUGUCUAUAUUCAUCUAUAUAUAAGCACUUGACUGAAGCGUUCAAGGAGGUUUUCGACACAUUAUAAUUAGGUUUAUACACUUAAGCAGACAGAGUAUAUUUGUCAACCUAAUUGCAUGCAUGCCUUUAAAUUAAUAUAAUAGGUGUGACUAGCUACGUACACACACAAGUUGGCUUUCGGUGUGGUUGAAAAGUGUUUACUUUUAUGACGUGUUUGAAUAUAUAAGCUAAGUUUCUUGUGGAUCACAAAAAAAGGCGUGGAAGAGCUAAAUUUUAGAAGUAUAUCGAUGCAAUGAAAUAGUUACAAAAGAGAUUAAUAAAUUUUUUAUUCAUCUACUCUAAUAUAUUAAUAGACAUAUCCUGCUUUCGUCUACCUAAUUCCUUGACUUUAAGUCUAGAAUUCGACACUAAACAAAUUAGGCAUUAAUUGUAAGGUAUGGUUAUAAAUGCAUGUCGAGUAAAAAGCAAUUUUAUAUCAUGACGUGUUUAAUUCUCUAGGUGAACUUUCUGUGGGUCACAAGAAAAGAUGUGGAGGAGAUUAUUGGAGAAGGAUUCAACGAUAGAAUAAGAGAGAGUGGGAUGAUAGUGAGAGAUUGGGUGGACCAAUGGGAGAUAUUGUCACAUGAAAGUGUCAAAGGAUUUUUGAGCCAUUGUGGGUGGAACUCAGCACAAGAGAGCAUAUGUGUCGGGGUCCCAUUGUUGGCUUGGCCGAUGAUGGCCGAGCAACCGCUCAAUGCGAAGAUGGUUGUGGAGGAGAUAAAGGUGGGAGUAAGAGUUGAAACGGAAGAUGGGAGUGUAAAAGGUUUUGUGACAAGAGAAGAACUAAGUGGAAAGAUUAAAGAACUGAUGGAAGGAGAAACGGGGAAAACCGCAAGAAAGAAUGUAAAAGAAUAUUCGAAAAUGGCGAAAGCGGCUUUGGUCGAAGGGACUGGUUCGUCAUGGAAGAAUUUAGAUAUGAUUCUUAAGGAGUUAUGUAAGAGUAGAGAUUCAAACGGUGCUAGUGAGUAGAGUGAUUAAGAAUUGAAUAACUGAACCAGUCUAUACGUUUACUAAUUAAAACAAGUAUUUUCAAUAUACGUCUUGUGUAAGUCUUGGUUUAGUUGAAAAGAUGUUAUCGAUUACAAUAACUGACUCUCUCAUUUGAUAAUACUGACUAUGAUUAAUAUUACCCAUGAAGCUAAACCAGUCUCAUGCCAUUAUGGGCGUAAUUUCUUGAAAGUGAGCAGAUU